GACAAUCCCGGAGCAAGGUGUUGAAAGAAGGCUUUUCAGAUAGUGGUCGUCUCGCCAGCUCCUUUGUCACGCCGCUGACAGCCCGAGUCCAGAUGAAUGCCAAAGCUCCCAUCAGGAUCCGAUGAUUACAGGGCAGCUGAGCAAGCCGCUGCUCUCCCUGCGCAGCGACAUGAGCGCGGCAGAACUCCGGGCGGACGACAAAGCGGCCACCCCAGACAGCGAUCUGAACGACGAGCCCCUGCUCCUGCCCUCCGAGGCCACGGACAGAGAGGGCACUCCCAACAAGCUGUAUGGAGUUCGUGACGGAUCAGUUCAGUCUGACGCCAGCAGCAGUCCGUCUGAGCAGAGUCAGCUGGGACAGUCUCACCCUGGGUACCCGAUGGGCCCGCAGUGCCUCCUCAGGCCCGACAACAUGUGUUUCAUGGACCCCCAACCCGUGGUUUGCGGACCCCCGGAGGUCCAGGGACCUCAGUUUGAGGGCUGCUGA